AUGGCGUCUUCCUCAACUUCAUCCGUUCAUAGGAGAAGCUCUAAGUAUGAUGUAUUUUUAAGUUUCAGAGGAAAAGACACUCGUAAGAACUUUGUUGAUCAUCUUUAUCAUGCUCUUCAACGGCAAGGCAUUUGCACUUACAAGGACGACAAGAGAAUCACCAAAGGGAAAAGGAUCUGUGACGAGCUCAUCAGAUCCAUUAAAGACUCAAAAUUUUACAUCAUUGUUUUCUCCAGGAACUAUGCAUCUUCGUCUUGGUGCCUUGAUGAGCUUGUGAAGAUAAUGGAUUGUCACAAUGACAAGACGACAGAGCAUAUUGCUUACCCGGUCUUCUAUGAUGUCGCACCCACUGAAAUCCGCCACCAACGCGGGGCAGUUAGAAAAGCCUUUGCCAAACAUAAAAAUAAAGCGGCUGCUGGAAAAUGGAGGGAGGCUCUGAAAGAAGCAGCCGAUCUGGCUGGGUGGGAGUUGAAGAACACUGCCGAUGGGCAUGAAGCUGAAUUCAUCCAGGAAAUUGUGGAACAAGUAUCACUAAAAUUAUGUUCCAUCAAUUUCAAUUUUGACGGAAAAUUAGUGGGCAUGGAGACACGGGUAAAUGAUCUUGUAUCAUCUCUAGAAAUCGGUAUUGAUGAUGUUCGCAUGAUAGGGAUCAAGGGGAUGGGUGGUGGUGGGAAGACAACUUUGGCCAGAUCUGUUUUUGAUCAAAUAUCCUUUAAGUUUGAAGGUGUAAGCUUUGUUGAGAAUGUUAGGGAAGUUUCAAGCACUUCUUUGUCUGGUUUGAAGUCCUUGCAACGUCAAAUCCUUUCGGAUGUCUUAGAUGAUAAAGACAUCAGUAUAAAAGACGUGAAAAACAUGAUGAAGAGUAGGAUGCGUGGUAUAAAGGUUCUUAUUGUUCUAGAUGAUGUAAAUCAUCUUAACCAGCUUGAGGCAUUAGCUGGCGAGCUUAUUUGGUUUAAGCCGGGAAGUAGAAUUAUUAUUACAACAAGAGAUGAGAAAGUACUGUUAGCACACAAAGUGACAUUGAUUCGUGAUGUCAAUUUGUUAUCAGAUAAGGAAGCAAUUUGCCUCUUCAGUAGGUAUGCAUUUGGGAGAGAGAUUCCAAUUGAAGAUUACGAAGAGCUAUCAGAACAAGUUCUAUGCUAUGCUUCUGGUCUUCCCCUGACAAUCAAAGUUUUGGGUUCUAAUCUAUGUGGUGAAGAUAAGCCCAUAUGGAACGAUACCUUACAAAGACUAAAAACCAUUCCGCUAACCGAAACUAUGAAAAUAUUGGAAUUAAGCUAUACCAUUCUAGAGGAUGAUCACAAGGAAAUAUUCCUAGAUAUUGCAUGCAUAAUGAAAGGUUGGUUGAAAGAAAAGGCAAUCCAAGCACUUGAAAGUUGUGGAUUUCAUGCUUUAAGUGGUUUAAGAGUUCUUCAGCAAAAAUCUCUCAUAACCAUCGAUGCCCAUUGGGACCAGGAGUAUGUAGCCAUGCAUGACCAUAUUGAAGAGAUGGGCAUAAAUAUUGUUCGUCGUUCACACCCAAACAUGUGUGAGAAACAUAGCCGAUUGUGGAAGAAUGACAUAAUUGAACAUAUAUUGGCUAAUGACUUGGGUACUGAAGAAAUAAGAUGUAUAGAAUUAUCGAGUACGAAACUCGAUCCUUAUACGCUUAUAAAAGGUCUUGGAAAGAUGAAGGCGCUUAGAUAUCUUUCCGUGGUUACGACAAACCAUUCAAGGGAUGCUGAACUUGAUACAUUUAUUCCAAGCUUUCCAGAUGCUUUAGGAUAUCUGAAAUGGGAUUCUUAUCCUUUUAGGUCUUUACCCGAAACAUUUCAAGCAAAUAAUCUUGUUACACUUGAGUUGCCUACAAGCAAAAUCGUACAACUUUGGGAAGGGGGAGAAAAAAAGGUUCUUGACAAGCUUAGAUUCCUUGAUCUCAGUGAUUCAAAAUUGAAGACCAUUGACCUUGAUCUAACCCCAAAUCUCGAGACGUUGAAUCUUAGGGAUUGUCAUGAUUUGGUAGAACUUUCAGAUGAUAUCUGGAAAUUGGAACAUCUGAAAUCUCUCGACCUUUGGGCUUGUUUGUCCCUUAAGAAUUUACCUGAGGUUUUUCAGCGGGUAGGGUGUUUAGAGAAUCUAAAUUUGUCUCCGGAUAGCAUUUCCAUUCCAAAAAAUCUAAAAUAUCUUCGCCUUGCUCAUUGUGAUGAGUUUGAGAAGUUACCUGAGGAUCUUGGCUGCUUAGAAAGUUUAGAGGUUCUAGAUUUGACAAAUACAAAGCUUAAACAUCUUCCGGACAGUAUUACUUUGUUGAAACACCUCAACAUUCUCAUACUUUACCAUUCUCGGUAUUUUAACACGUUACCAGAGGACCUUAGUGGGUUAGAAUCUUUAAAGGAUCUAGAUUUGUCACGUACAGAUAUCGAGCAUCUUCCAGAUAGCAUUUGUGAGUUGAAACAUCUGGAGUCUCUCAAUAUUAAUCGUUGUUUAAGGCUAGAGAAGUUACCCGAGGAUCUUGGUCAGUUAGAAUGCUUACGCUUGCUAGAUUUGUCAUGUACAUAUAUUAAACAUCUUCCAGAUAGCAUAGUUAUGUUGAAAAAUCUACAUGAACUUGAUCUUGGUCAAUGUUUUUCACUUGAGAAGUUACCCGAGGAUCUUGGCCAAUUAGAGUCAUUAGAGCACCUAACUUUGUCAUCUGCAAAGAUUCAACAUCUUCCGGAUAGCAUUUGUAUGUUGAAACAUCUGAAAUCUCUCAAUCUUGAUUGUUGUUGGUCGCUGGAGAAGUUACCUGAGGAAAUUGGGCGAUUAGAAUGUCUAGAAGACUUAUCUAUAGGAGCUACACCCAUAAGUCAUCUUCCACAGAGCAUUCUUAUGUUGAAGUGUCUGCGUGUUUGUGGGUCAAGAGGGAGUCUUGAGGUGUCUGAUGAGAUACAAAUCUCCUAUUACGAUGACAAUCACGUUUUCGAUCGCGAUCUUCAAUACGAUUACGUGGCUGGUCACAAAUGCUAUUAUGAUUAUGAUUACACAUACGAAUACGAUUACACAUAUGAUUAUGAUUACACAUACGAUUAUACAUAUGAUUACGAUUACACAUACGAUUAUGAUUACACAUACGAUUAUGAUUACACAUACGAUGGCGAUCAUGAUUACUAUUAA